AAUCCCGCCACCGUCUGCCCGCUGCGUCAAAGCCCGAGCGUGUGCGUGAAAUUGCCGCCGACAGACACAAUAUUCGCCUGCUCCAGUGGACCCUGUAUUACUGCACGCGACCGGCGACGCAAUAAAGGCGCGCCCAGGACAGAGGUUAUUAUGCGCGAACGUAAACAUUAACUAUUUGCAACGUCGAUUUCAUCGAUUAUGUGAUUAUGCGUGAUUCGAUAGCGAUACUGUUUGACUGGCCGCUUUGCUCGCGAGGAGCAUGAUGCGACCGGCCGCUCAGCGAAUUCAAAUUAUUUCAAACGCGACAACGACGUUCGUGUGAGCAAAAUAUGUAAAAAAACAAAGAGCCAAGAACUAAGAUGGCACAAAGGGAGGCCCAAGCUUCGACUUCGUCGACGAGUCAGAAUCAAUUUUUUUCUUCUGAUCCCGCUACAAGUGGCUUUGAUCUUUCGUCCGGCUUAAAAUGGAUUUAUCCAGAAAACUACCCGAGAAGAGAGUAUCAGUUCAAUAUAGUUCAAACUGCCUUGUUCAACAAUACUCUAGUAUGCCUACCCACGGGUUUAGGAAAAACUUUCAUCGCAGCCGUUGUGAUGUACAACUUUUGGCGAUGGUAUCCCAGUGGAAGAGUUGUAUUUAUGGCUCCAACCAAACCAUUGGUCGCUCAGCAAAUAGAAGCUUGCCAUGAUAUAAUGGGUAUUCCAAGUGAAGAAAGUAUUGAAUUAACUGGAACUGUUAAUCCAAAUAAACGCAAGCAAGCCUGGAUAGAAAAACGUGUCAUUUUUGCAACUCCUCAAACAUUUCAAAAAGAUCUUCAAAAUGAGUUAGUACCCUUUGAAUCCAUCAAAUGUAUUGUUAUUGAUGAAGCUCAUAGAGCUUUGGGAAAACAUGCCUAUUGUGAAAUUGUCCGCUUGUUGAGUACCAAAUCAAAAUAUUUUCGCGUAUUAGCUUUAUCAGCUACUCCUGGAAGUAAAGUUGACCAUGUGCGAGAGGUCAUUCAAAACUUGCUAAUUUCCGAGUUAGAAUUGAGAGAUGAUUCAUCGUCAGAUAUAAUUCCCUACACAAAUGAAAAAUCUGUGGAAAGAGUAGUUGUUAGUUUAGGAAGAGAUUUAGAUCAAAUUAAAGAAAAAUAUAUCCAAGUAAUGGAUCCUCAUGUAAGAAUUUUAACAAAAGCACAUCUUCUGCAAGGCAACACAGGAAAUAUUUCAAAAGGAAGGAUAUUUAUGCUGAUGAAACAAUACGAAAGUAGACCUCAAAAAUUACCAAAUCAUGGAACAAUAAUGAAAACUUUGAAUGUAUUAUUAACUAUGUAUCAUGCAUAUGAGCUCUUGAUAAAACAUGGUUUAAGAGCAUUUUAUCAUUUUUAUAAUAAUCACUCAGACAAGUUUUGGUUUAAUUCUGAAACUAAUUUGAGAGCUUUGUUAGAAGAAGUAAAGAGUUACAUCGGAGAUUUUCCAAUAGUAAAUAUUGAACCGAAUCAUCCUAUUCCAGAGAUUCCUGAAAAUCUUGUGUUUGGACAUAAAAAAUUCAUGAAAUUACGCGAAAUAUUAGUUGAACAUUUUGAGUCGUAUGCUAGACAAAAUAAAAGCACCAGAGCAAUUGUAUUUGUUGAAUAUCGAGAUAUAGUUAACGAAGUAUUUGUGUUAUUGUUACUAACCAGACCGUUGAUUAGACCACAAAUGUUGGUUGGUCAAGCAGGACAAAAACAAAAGCAACAGAUGGAAGCCUUGGAAGACUUCAGAAGCAAUAAAGUUAAUGUUCUCAUUUCUACAUCAGUUGGUGAAGAAGGAUUGGAUGUUGGUGAAGUCGAUUUAAUUAUUUGUUUUGAUGUUUCAUCAAGUACUCCAACAAGACUUGUACAGAAAAUGGGAAGAACAGGAAGAAAACGCAGUGGUAGAGUUAUUAUUUUAUUAACUGAAGGAAAGGAGGAAUUGACUUUACAACAAGCAAUGUCAAAAAAAGAUUCACUGAAUAGCAAAGUACUAGAAUCAAGCAAUAUAUCAUCAUCAUUAUAUCAAUCUAGUCCAAGGAUGAUACCUCCAAAUCUAACUCCUCAGUGCCUUCCAAUGUUUAUAAAACCGCUUCCAAAAACACCAAAGGCUAGUAAAGGUACUAAAAAGGCAAAAGCUCCAGUUGAAAAAAAACCUCGAAAAAAGAAAACUAUUGAGCCUGAUAUUGUGGAACCUACAUCAGCCGAGUUGAUUGAAAUUACUGAACCUACAGAAGCUACAGAACUUCCAAAAUCAAAACCUAAAAAGUCUAGGAAAAAUCAACCUUCAAUGAUGCAAUUUUUAAAUCCAGAUUUGCGAUCUACAGGGAAUACUUUGCCCUCAUAUAAAAAACUACCUAGUUAUGGGUUUGAUGAUGAUUCAGGUAUCUUAUCGGAAGAAUUUCAAGUGGAGUCUAACAUAAUACGAGAAAAUCCAUAUGCCAUUAUUCGCCCACACGAAGUCAAGCUUCUUACUUCAGAUAGCGAUGCUCUUGAAUUCCUCACGCUUUGUACCAUGAAACAAUCAGACAAAAAUAGUAAUUUUGAUAACUUCUUCAAUUUUGAUUUGUCUUACUUUCCUCAGCAUUCUCAGAUAAAUAUUUUCGACGAUUUUUUUGUGCCUAAUGUGACCAAUCUUGAAAAUUGGAUUAAAAAUCUUACAAUGUGUGAAGUCAUUUCAGAAAUGGAUCAAGAUAAUUCAAUUAGAGAAACAUUUAAAACCUUUGAAAAUGAAACUUACAAUCAUAGUAAAAUAUCAAGCUUUCUUGAAAGCAACAAAACUGAUUUUAUUGAAUGUCCUGAAUCAAAGUACAUAAGUAAAAACCCAGCCAACUUGGAAUCACAAUAUUAUGAGGAAAUUAUGGAAGUUGAAUCUAAAUAUACUAAAAAUCAUAAGAAGUCUGAUUCAAUACCAACUGAAAUUGCAGAUUCAGAUUUUAUCGAUGAUUUUUAUGAGAAAAAGAUGGGUACAGCAAGUAGUAAUGGUUCAAAUACAAAAGGACACAGCUUAAACCACAUUGGUUCAGAUUUCUUUGACGCAGAUUUUAAUUCUUUUGAAAUAAAACAUCAUGGGUUGGAUUCUACAAAAUCAAAGGAACAAUGCGUGAAAAACUCCACUUCACAAGACAGCAUCAGAACUCCUGCUAAUGUUAAUGUUGAUUUUGAAAACUUGUUAGAUGAAUGUACAGAGUCCGAAAAUUCUCAAGUUCCAGAUUCACCAUGUCCAGUACAAAGUCAGAAUAUUUAUGAUGAACUCCUUGAAGCAGAUUCAUCUGGUGACGAAGAUAUGUUUGUCACUGUAAUUGAUAAAGAAAAGAAAGAAGAUAAAACAUUGACAGAAUCUCCAAAAAGAUUGUCAUUAAAACCGAGUGCUAGUAUCAGUCCAUUGAAAGAAUCAGAUAGAACAAUAACAGAAUCUCCAAAAAGGUUAUCUUUAAAACGAAGUGCUAGUAUCAGUCCUUUAAGGGAAUCAAAGAAAUUGAAAACUGAACAAUUGGAAACGUCUCCAAUGAUCUCUUCAAUGAAUUCAAAUAGUAAUGUAAAUGAUGUAAAGAGACCAAUAUUUCACGAUAAUGGUAUGGAUUCUGAUGAGGAUUUAUUCGGUGAUAUAGAAUUUGAGACCCAGUUUACAUUCAAAGUAAUAAAAAAUAGUACAAUGCUAGAUAAAAACAAUAAAAGUAUUAUGCAUCAAUCUCUCGAAGCAAUUAGAGAAAAUAGUGAGGCGAGUGUAAUAGAACGAAGUGUCGCAUUAGGCAAUUUGAGUAUUUUAGAAGGCAGUCCAUCGGCGUCACAAGAUAAUAAUAAUAAAAGUGAGCAUGAACAAACGUUAACAGAAAUCAAGGCUGAAAUUAAGGACGAACCAAUGAGUUGGAAUGAUAAAACGGGAGACGUCGAGAAAGAAAAAUUGAAUGUAAAGCGACAAAUGUCACAAAUAAAAGAAGAAUCCGAUAUUGUUCAGAAUAUGGAACACGACUCGCUGGAGGAAGUAAUGGUUGUGAGUGACAGUGAUGAUGAAUUAAAGAAAGGAUCUGAAUUAAUGGCGAAAUGUGUUAAUGCUACUGAGAAAGUGCAAAAUAAUAGUGAGAAAAAAAAUAAUAACGAUAACGCUGGCGAAAUUCACAUUAGCGAUUGGGAAGAUGAUUUUGAUUAUCAUCCAGUUGAAGAGAAGAGUACAACUAGUAACUUCUUUUCUAAACCUUCUAGUAGUAGCAAGCAAAGUAGUUGUGAUACUAAAUCGACAAAGAAGAAUCCAAAUAACACUAGUUUUAAAUCGUGCUCUCAAGAAACAUCAUCGUCAGGCUGGAUAACAGUAGAGAAAAUAAAACCUUCGAAAAAAACAUUAGCUUUGAAAAAUACUAACUUUCCACACAGACGACAAAAAUUGCCAUCAGGGUCUUCAAAAAGCGACGAAGAAAAUUCUUCUCAAUUUAUUUUCCGAAUUCCUGGAUCGCCACGCAAACCCAAUCCCACUGUUCUUUCACUGCAUCAGAUGAAAGCUCGAUCAACUUUGAAUCUCACGAAUCUUCAGCGCAACGUUUCUGAAGCUCCGAAAAUUGAUCAAGAUGGUUUCAAAAUGCCCGAAGUGAAAAAGUUACCACAAUCUGUUACUAAUGUAAAAUCUACCUUACAAAAUCGGAUGGAGAAAGAGAACGAGCUGCCAACGUGGAAAAAAAAGAAGCUCAACCAUAGUCCAGCUUGCAUUAGUCCACGUUUUCGUAGAUACCAUAGUGAUAACGACUUAACAGAACGCAAAUAUAGAAAAAAGUCUCGGGCACGCAAAAGGAUUCUUAACGAUUUCAUUGAAGAUGAAGCUGAAAUUUCAUCGGAUAUGGAUACAUCCGAGGGCAGUGAAGGAGAGGAUGACGAUUUGGAAGACUUUGUUAGUUAUACACAAGAAGUGCCCGACAAAGUCGAUAUGCAAGCACAUUAUUUACGAACGAUUAAUGAAGAUCUUGUAAAAAAUGACGGUUUCGUCUUCCGGAAACCUUCGAAUCACGUACCCGAUCACGAAGUUUUUUCACAACCUAUGCAAUCCCAAAUGAAUGACACGUACAUGAAUGAUUCGUUUUGUGUCGCAGAAGCUACGCAAUAUGUGGAAGAAGUGGAUGAAGAUCUUUCGUUAUUAGCAGAUUUAGAACUGAAUUUAGAGAAAAAACGUAGAACAAGAUCCAAGAAAAAAUCUGAUAAAUUCAAAGACUUCGAAAAUCAAAGGAGAAAAAAAAAUAAGUUUGUUGUUGUACAUAGUAGUGAUAGUAGUAGCGAUAAUAAUCAUGAAACUAGCAGUAGUGAAGACGAAACCGAAGCAAUGAGAAAACAAGUAUUGGAAGAGUCUAUGUUAAUGAAACAAUCGAAAAAUUGAAAUAAUCAAAGUCUGCUUUUUUAUUUUUGUUUUGUAAAUAUGUUUUAGAAUAGAUGUUUAUUUAGUUAAUUGAAAAAUUCAUACAUGUUCUUUACCGGAAUUUUUUUUAGAAUAUUUUGUGAAUGACUUAUUUACUUUUCUACCAAGACUUUAUAAAGAUGUUCCACAGGAUAAUAGAAAAAAUUGACAAAAAAAUGUAUGAGAAUAAUUGUUGUUACGUCGUUUUCAACCUUUUGUUUAUUACUACAUGUCGCACGAAUUAAAUAUAAAUAAAAUUGUUAGAUUUGUACUUGUGUAUUAUAGUUGAGUAUUUAUAUUAUUCUAUUUUAUCUUAACUGUAAACGUUUUAUUAAGAAUAAGUUUAAGUUAUUGAUGAUCUAGUGAACGGAAUGCAAUAAUUAUUAACAAUUAAUUGUUUACGGUGAAUCUGUGAUUUACACUUGUAAAUAUAAUAAAUAAGUUGGAGUAUGUUAGUUAGUGACUAA